AUGAGCUCUCCAGCGAACGACUCCUCUGAACUGAAAGAACGAGGACCGACAAAAAGUGGUGACGAGAACAUGGGACGUGAGAUCUCAACGCCGCAGUGGAAGUCACACAAACGCCGAGAAUACAAGACAUAUAAUUACGAUGCAUUGCCACGCGGACGUGGUAUCAUCCGCCUUCUUAACCUAUACUCCAGUGAAAAUUCGGAUGCAGGAAUUCUAUGCGAGCUGAUCACUCCAACAGAGGAUGAGAAGAGUUCAUAUCCCUACGAAGCGCUCUCUUGGUGCUGGGGCACAGCUCCGAAAACGGACUACAUUCGCAUCCAACGGAAUCGGAAAACAUACGCCAAGUAUGUCAGCCAUAACCUUGUCGCAGCACUCAAAGCCCUUCGACACCCCGACAGAAGCCGUUACAUUUGGGUUGAUAUGGUGUGCAUAGAUCAAGAGAACUUGAAUGAGAAGAAUCACCAAGUUGAGAUGAUGGACAUAAUAUAUGGCAACGCCGAACGUGUCUGUAUAUGGCUCGGCGAAGCCAACGACUCCAGCCGUACGGCGUUAAGGUUUAUCAAGAAUGAGGUCUCGCACUUACAAAGCUUUGACACUCUCUGUGAUAGUAAAGACGCUAGCAAGAAAUGGGUCGCUUUGCUCGAUCUUAUGCAGCGUCCCUGGUUUUCGCGUCGCUGGGUCGUGCAGGAACUCGCACUCGCGCAGAAAGCAGUCAUAUAUUGUGGUCACGAUAGGAUCUCGUGGAACAAAUUUGCCAUCGCUGUUGAACUACUCGUUGAAGUCGAAACCGCCACCCAUCGAUUGUCAGAAGUCAUGAAGAAGGACCGACAGUACCAGUACAUUCCAAGUUAUUUCGAGUUUGUCUCCGCUUUAGGCGCUAGUCUGCUGGUAGACGCGAACGAGCGUCUUUUUCGAGAGAGUAAAGAAACCAAACCCCCCGAGACUGGGUCCGUCUCCAGACUGGAUCCAGACCUGGACUCAGACAGCGAUGACUCUCCAGAGGCAAUUGACAGCGACGAUAGCGAGACGAGUACAGUUCCCCCUCCACGUGCUAUGAGACACGCACCUCGAAUUCAGCCACUUUUGAGCCUUGAGUAUUUAGUGUCUAGCUUGACCAUAUUCGAGACUAGUAUGCCACAUGACACAAUCUAUGCUUUGCUUGCAAUAGCUAAGGAUACUACCCCGCGUGCUGUCGAUCCGCAAGAUGCCGGAGGUUCGGGUCGAGCUCAUGAAGGACUGGAGAUAUACACGCAACGGAAAAGCUACAAUGUUGACUAUAAGCUGCCAUACGUUGACGUAUGCAAAGAGUUUAUCUUGUUCUCAAUUGAACGCUCAUCUCACACCGACCGGAGCCGAGCACUGGAUGUAAUAUGCCGACCGUGGGCAGUUGAGGAAAGAAAGCUAAGGAAGAUUCGAGAGAACAAGCAACAAACAAAAGUGAAGCGAGAAAGGGAUGAAAGAAGGGAAAGGGAUCGGAAACAGAGACGCACAUCCAGAUCUCAACAUAAAGCUUCGGCUGUGACCCCAACCGACAAGCCUGGAGUACCUGCACCAAUCAACACAGAUGAUAGUGAGAGUUCUACCAACCAUAAAUAUGUCGAAAUCGAGGAUAUGGCCUUGCCCUCGUGGGUUCCACAGCUGUCAGGCGCACCGUACGCGAUGACUCACCGGCCGGGACAUGCAGGACCGAAAAUGAGUCGCAUCAAUGCUGACCACCUUGUCGGACUUCCGAGCCUCACACAGAGAAACUACUCUGCUGCUGAGACCAAAGGCGUCGACCUAAAAGCCCUCAGGUUUCGCAAGCGGCCAACCCUUGGUCACUACAGCAUGUACGUCCGAGGCUUUGUGCUUGACCAGAUCCAAGACGUAGAACAAGUGGCUCGAAACGGUGGCAUUCCACGAGAAUGGGCUGACCUCGAGCACUGGGAAAAUGCCAAAGGACACCCACCUGAUGCUUUCUGGCGGACGCUUGUUGCCAAUCGCGGAAAGGAGGGCAAGAAUCCUCCCGUGUACUACUCGCGUGCUUGUGAGGAAUCCUUCAAGAAAGGUGGCCUGGAGAGUGGAGCCGUCGAUACGACAGCGCUAAUCGAGUACGAACGCAACUCCGUAGUGGCUCAGUUUUGUAGGCGCGUACAAGCCGUCACGUGGAAUCGAGCAUUGGUCAAAACCGAAGGAGGUAGGCUUGGUUUGGUUCGCAAAGAUGUCGAGAAGGGCGAUCAGGUGUGCAUCCUAUAUGGAUGUAGUGUACCCGUAAUCUUGCGACAAAGCGACAGGAAGGAUGAAAAGGUCUUCACUGAAGAGUUGGAGCAAGAACUGAUUUACCUCAAAAACACGAUGGUCCAGAGUUUCAAACGGUAUUUCAAGCUCAAGAAACGGCAUCAGCAGCAGAAAGGUAUAGGAAAGAAGCAGCUCUGUAAGCAAUGGUUCAAGCAAUCGGACUGGAUCCGAACAAAUGGGUUCACCUCACGUCAGCUCUCCAAUGAAGAAACCAGAGAAGAGCUCAAGCGUAUCUUGAGAAAUGCCGCCCGUGAUUUCGAUACAUGGAGGUUCAAAAAGCGCGCGAAAGUUUGGCCGGAGCAGUUACGUAAGAUGGAACAAGAAAUGAGAGAUGCUAAAACGGUCAGAAGCAGACCAGGGAAAAAGCAGAUGGACGAGCUCCUGAAGAAGAGAAAGGCCGAAGAGCAGAAAGCCCAAGACCUUCAGGCACACAGAAAGCGACAAAAGUCUCGAACGGCCUUUGACAUAGGAUCGCUACCUAAAUUCAGCCCAAUCGUAGACGGAUUAUCGAAUGGGACUUCGAAAGACCCAUCUGCCACUGUUAAAAAGAAGAAGAUACCCAUCGAUUGGUGGGCAUUUGAGUAUGCAUUGGCUGUCGGGAGAAGAUGGAGAAAAAUCGUCCAACAAAGGAAAGGGGAGCGUGAAGCGUUUGCACUUCGACGGACGGAUGUGCACUGGGGCUUAAUGCAGCACGAUACAUACCAGGCCUUCGAGAAGGAAAGGCGAGCCAAAGGAAAGUGGAUUGAGUCACCUACCACAACCAGUGGCGGCAUUCCAAGCGCAAAUGUAGGAGCGGAAGGACAGACAGAGGCCUCAGAACCACGCGUAUGUCCUCCGAACGGUGAGCGUGCAUUGCCAGGAACUUCCAAUUCGGAAAUUCGGCCUAGCUGGAAGGCGCGAGUCAAUAGGGAUGUAUUGUCUGAGAAAAAAAAGGAAGAAUAUAGCGCAAAGGUUCGAACUAACUUGCGUGAUAGGCUGGGGGAAGAGGGUUACUUCUCAUAUCAACUUCUUGGCGAGUGCUACAUUCACGGCAUGAUGGAUGGCGAAGCCAUGCUUUACCAGAACCAGGGUGACGAAGAUGUCAUUCCUUCAAUGGUCUUUGAGAUUCGUUAA